GGUGCUGCACAGUCUCCGCAAGAGCCGGCCGAGCAAGACGCUGACGACGCGGCUACUGAGUAUUCGAACGCGAGCACGACAUUUUCGAGGCAGAAGAGUUACAUACGAGAGCUUGCAAACGAUUUGUUCAGUAAGAUCAGCUUGUUGAAUGCGGACGAAUCGACGGUAAGAAGAGUCUCGGCGAUUCUGCCCGAGCUACUCAAGGCUUUUGCACUGAAGGUUGGGCAUGAUGCCCCAACGCAACAGCAUCGAGAUGUUAUGGCUUUCGUACAUAAGCACAGACGUAAGAUUGCCACCGCCUUUACAGAUAUCAGCUUAAAACAAGAUGAAGAGGAGUCCGAGAGAGGUACAUCUGACUCAGAUGGUAUGGACUUGGAAGAACUCAUGAGCCGUUGGUUUAAGAAAGAAAGCAUCGAAGAGGUCGAACGUGAGGAAGAACAAGGAUACCUUGGCCUGGAUGCCCUCAGUCUUGAGGAUGAAGAGCAUGAAGGAGGACUUGAGAGUUGGCUUCUCUCUUACCGAGAGUUCAUUUUUGGCACCGAGGCUUAUGAGUGGCUACUCGCUCGACUACGGAGGGAAAUUCGCCUUAUUUCAACGGAACCAGACACCAUUCAAACGAUCAGAGAUAAGGUCUUGUCGUCGCUCCCAACAAUUCAUAAGAUAAGUAAGAAGGUAUCUUUGCAAAGUUGCAGUGCGAGAUUUGAGCUUGACUGGGAUAUCCUUGGAUUUUUUAAAUCACAAGGGUAUUCAAACAAACCAGACCAAGUAUUCGAGAGUGUUAUCACCUUGACUGGGCUAUGUUAUGAUGCGCAGGCUGCAACUUGUGCCCAGUAUAUACACCAGACUUGGCCUUUAACAGGAGAGGCGAUACUCCAGCUGGUCAAAGAGGUGCUUCGAGGCAGAGAGGGCCAUUUGCAUUCAUGCAAAACGUCAGACGGAACAACACUUACCGCAUGGACUAGUAGGUCAAAAUUCAUAGUAGAAGCUAAUGGAGUCGCGGUUUCCCUUGCAGAGACUAUAGAGCAGCUUGCCUGGCUUGGGGCUGCUUUAAGGACUUCACCGCGACAGAGCGGACUCGUCUACUGCACGCCAGUUAUCACUAAUAUCCUUCAGAAAACUGCCCAGUCACAGUCAUCAUCGACUGAUAUUACCUGUGAGAUCGGAUUUACAAUAGAAGAAGUCCCGAAGCCUCUCAGCGGUGCCAAUGGCCAGUGCUGGCAUGACAUUUUCCGGAAUCCGGUCGUCGUGAGGGGGUAUCCUAUUCCUCAAAGAAGCGAGAGGGAGACCGGUCUAGAGAUCUCACUCAACGUUAUGGCAGGACUAGCUCGGACGCAGCACGUCGACCAAUUUAAAGAAAAGGCCUAUAUUAAGGGCUUUUCAACAAUGCUAGUCCCAGUAAAGCAAAGCGACGGUAUUCUUUACUGGCAUUUAAUCUAUAAAAAAGACGGAAGUCGUAUAUCCUACGUUGAUGAUUACAUAGACCAAGAGCAGCAUUUCAACAGCUUAGACCUAGAGAACCUUCGCCAUAUCCUAGGGUGGUGCUCAGAAGCUAAAUUCUAUGCUGGCUCGGCUCAAGCAAGCCACCCUAAUACCUACUCGAGGCUCCCUAAACCUCAUGAAGGAUGUGCCCUUGCUAAAACAAGGGUUUCGACAGGGCGGAUGAUUAUAGGCGGACCGGCCUUCAGCAUUGGCAGUAAAGACACACCUGCCCACGUGUCUCGCAAUGGGUAUAUCCCCAGGCUCGAAUGGAUAUCCACUAAGUUUAUCCUCUUGUGGGAUGAAGAUGAUAAACGAGGUUGGCUCGUCAAUGGCACGAGCGCUUUACUACAUGUUUUACGAGCCUCUCUGGAGUAUAGCAGCAAAGGCAAGUUCAAAUCAGCGCUCCUUUGUAAGAGCGAGGAUCUGGAAGAAUCGCCCACGCCCUUUACAGCUGACUCUGCUGUUGACGUGCUGAUUAACCCGAAUAACCGGAACCUUAAGUUAUACCGCGAGGGGGAUGGGUAUCUUUUUCUCGAGAGCCUGAUUGAACGUUUUUAUAACAUCCUGGAGAAGUUUAUUGACCACCAGGUCGAUAUUACAGGAGAGUGCAGUAGGAAUCUGAAUGAUAAACCGCGAAGAUAUCUUGAAGGCUGGGAUUUUGAGGAUCUGGCUAAAAAGCAAGACCCGUUGUAUCCGUGCGUGGCUACUCUGGGUGACGCUGGGAAGGGAUGGGUCGAUUUUACGAGGGCUAUCCAUGCUGUUACAUUGAUUGGGCGCGGUUUUGGCGACAUCAUUAAGCCCGCUGGUGCGAAUUUCUGUGAGUACUGGGCCGAGCUUCCAAAGCAGAAAUAUUACAUCGCGAGUUGCCUCUCAGAUCUUGUCGAGGUGAUGAGAGAGCAUGGCAGUCGCGAUAAUGGCCAUCUUCGACUCAGCGAUAACCUGAUAUGGCACACGCCGACAACCGUCUUCGCGUCUUGUCAAUGCAAAGGGGUUCUGGGAGGGGAUCAUUGCGAGCCAGUACAGACGUUUUUCCCGUUGUCACUAUGCACGAGAUUACUUCCCAGGAAGCACCAAAUUCAAAAAGGUAACGGGGCUGUUAUUUUCGGAUACAAUUCGUAUUUCUCAUGGAACUGGGGGGAUACUGGAAAUCCCCAACAAGGCGAACUCGACGAGGAGGCGUCUGCAUCUGAUAUAGCCAAGAUGGAAACAGAUUUGCCCAAAGAUAGCGGUAUCGGUUCAAGCUUGGCAUGGUCAGACUCUGAGGGCCAACUCUCAUCUCGGUCAAGAUCAAGCAAUCGACGUUCAAAGCGAGUCCCUGGCGAGUCGCACAGUCACAUCACAACACAAGACUCGUUAGCUUUUGUCAAACGGAAAUGGUAUGACAGAGAUGAUUACAAAGUGGGAAUUAUCUGCGCGUUGCCAAAAGAACUUAUGGCAGUCCGAGCACUCUUUGACGAUGAUCACGGCAACCCCCCAGCAUUACCUUUUGAUAUCAAUCAGUACUCGCUUGGUGUGAUGGAGCAGCACUGGGUCGUUGCGGCGUGUCUCCCGAACGGCGAGUACGGGACCAACUCAGCUGCAGUAGUCGCAGCCAAUAUGAGGCGAAGCUUCGAAUCUAUCCGAUUCUGCCUCUUGGUCGGUAUCGCCGGCGGGGUGCCCUCGGAAGAUAACGACAUCCGCCUUGGUGAUGUGGUCGUCAGCAAGUCUACGGGCAACUGCUCCGGUGUAAUCCAGUACGACCUCGGAAAGGAGAAGGAGGGCAAGCCUUUUGAACGGACAGGAUCGUUGCCCCCUCCACCACGCGUCCUGAACAGUGCUGUAAGCUCCCUGUGUUCUGACCCAACCCUGUCGUCCGACCCGUUGGCCCCGUACCUUCGGGCAAUCCACGCCCGCCUCAAGGAAUUCCCCAAGUACAACCGCCCGGAGACACCGGACCUGCUGUUCCAAACAGCCUGUGCCGAGUGCGUAGCGCGGCAGGUAUCCCGGGAAAUGUGCUCCCACGUACCGCGGCGAGUUCCGCGCCAUACGGCGUCACCUGUGAUUCACUACGGGCUUAUAGCGUCAGGCAACCGGGUCGUCAAGGAUGCGGUGAUCCGCGACCGGCUGGCCAAGGACGGCGUGCUGUGCAUUGAGAUGGAGGCCGCUGGUGUAUUUAGCACGGUUGAUUGCCUCGUAAUCCGUGGCAUCUGCGAUUACUGUGAUGUGCAAAAGAAUGACGACUGGCAGGAGUAUGCGGCGGCGGCGGCGGCAGCAUAUGCGAAGCUUUUGCUC